AUGACCUUUGGUCCUUCUCUAUAUCGAGUAUCCUGCUUUAAGAAUGAGGAAGACUCCGAGACUAAAGUCAAUGCAGAUCACAAUGCAAAUGAUAAUGAGAAUGAAGAAGAAGCUGACUCUGAUAAUGAUAUGAACGAAAAUGCUACAAACUAUGGAUCUCAUGGUGAUGCUAAUGCUGCUGCCGACGGCAUUGGAGUCGGCGGCGGCGGAAGUGUGUGGAUUGGGGGCGGAUUCAACCCUCCGACCUCCUCCUCCUCCGCGGCCUCAGUUCAGCGUCGCCUUCGCCGCCCUCCAGGCCUGGAAAGCCGCCAUUUCAGACGACGACUCUGCUCCUUCAAAGGCGUCUUCUGCUCCGAUUCCGUCGAUUUCAUGGGCAAUUCCGCCGGCCAAGUGGUGGCGGCGAUCGAUCUGAACCACACCAUUUUGCAAGGCACGCUGGUCAACCUCAACAGCAACCGCUUCAGCGGCAGCGUACCGCCGUCGUUCAGAGACCUCGCCUCGCUCACCGAAUUUGACCUCAGCAAAUCUCAUCUUUCUAGAUCUCAGUCCAGAUCUCAUCUUUCUAGAUCUCAGAUUCAACAGUUCUCCUGUCCGUUUCCGGAAGACCUAUUCGAGAAGAAACUCGAUGCCAUCUUCCUCAACAACAACCUCUUCUCCGGCGAGCUGCUGUAG